AUGUCGGAAAGUGAUGAUCCAAAUCUAACAUAUGAUAUCGACUGGCCAAUGCUUGAGAAAACCCGUUUCAUCCCUUUAAGUGUCCUAUCAACAUUCACUGUCCGUUCACUUCUUUAUCCAUUUACACUUGUUCGUACGCGAUUGCAAGUUCAAGUCCAAUCAUCGAUUUAUAAUGGUACAUGGCAUGCACUAACAUCAACUGCGCGUUACGAAGGUUUUCGGUCUCUCUAUAAAGGCUUCCUUGUUUAUAAUGGCCAAUUAAUUCCAGGAAUCAUUUACAUAACCGCGUUCGAAGCCAUUCGUUCACAUGCUAAUAUUCUUUCAACGAAUCAAUAUUUACGAGCCGGCGUCGCUGGUUCUAUGGCAUCGAUGAUUGCUCAAAUACUGGCUUGUCCUAUUGAUAUCAUAUCUCAGCAUAUGCAGUUAGUUGGUUUGACAUCGUCUAGUCGAAAAACUCAUCAACAAGAUCGACUGUCAUCUACCUCCAACGUGAAUCGCCGUCAAAUCCAUCGUAUCCAUGUACCAAAAGAAAUCCGAAAUAGUAAUUAUUUAGUAUUCAAACAUAUUUGCAAUACCAUAUUGUAUGAAAAUGCAUCCGAGAAGCAAAGAGCUCGUUUUAGUUUGAAAGGGUUCUAUCGUGGAUAUUUCAUCUCGACAUUCUUAUUCAGUUUAACCAGUGCUAUUUGGUGGCCAUCAUACUAUUUCUAUCAAAACCAGCUGCUCAAAAUUCAAUCGCUAUUUUCUACUUCUUACACAAUGCCAUUACUUGUUAUUCAAUGUUUUGCUGGUCCAUUAUCUUCUCUGACCUCGACCUUUUUGACUAACCCGUUGGAUGUAUGUCGCACUCGAAUUCAAGUCGAACGAGAACGCCGAAAAGUCAUCCAAAUUAUGAGCGAAUUAUGGCAAGAAGAACGUUUCCAAGUGUUCACAAAAGGCUUGACAGCUCGUCUUUCACAUUCGUGUAUCUAUUCAUUGUUUAUCAUAUUUGGCUAUGAAACAGUUAAACGAGUAUCUUUAAAGGAAGAAUACCGAGGAACAGUCAAAUGGUAA